AUGAAUAUUUUGUCAACGCUAUUUGUCAUAAUGUUUUCUUUUACACAGGUAAAAAACGAACAUAUAUUAUUAGAAGCUAGUGAUUGUAAAACAAAAUGCCCAAUUCGGCGUCAAACCAUUCGAUCAUACCCACCCGGUACAUUAUUGUUUGUUGGUGACGAAUGCGUGUGUGGUAAAGCUCAAGAAACCAUAUACGAAUAUGUACCAGCUGUCCAGCCGGUGGGUAAUGUAGCAAUACCGGUUGGUCUUAAACCGAAAAAAAUUGAACCUCAGUCCGAUAAUCGGGUAAUGGGAAAUUACGGUUCUCUCGUGUUCUCGGCUAAUAUUGAAAUAUUGAAUUUACUUCGCAUUACAAACGAUGAUGCACGUGCAGGAUGUGACAAAAAAGAAUCCAAUCCGUCAAAUGAUAGACUAAUUUCUACUACUAAUAAACCUACAGCAGAAGAUAAUACACCGACGACAAUACCAGUAUUAAAAAACGUCUCUAGUACAACAAAUAAAAAACAUUCAUAUACAGCGAAUUAUACGGACGAGAACGUUUUGAUGUUAACAAAAUCAACACUUGAAAAUUGGAUGAUUACAACAAUAAAAGAAUCUACCCCCGAGAGUAAUGUAACUAAUAACAGUUCGGAGGUACUAACAUCGAUAGACAUUCAAAUACAAACGUCUACUGUUCGUUCAAAACAAAAGGAAGAUCCAAAAGUCUUUACAACCGAAGCUCAUAAUGUGAUUUUUAAACAACCUAAUACACACAAUAAUUCAAACAUUAUGAUAAUCGAUUCAUAUUCCAACAAGAAAUCUGAUUUAGAAAUGCUUAUAAGAAUUACUGAUUCAUUUAAUCUUAAUAAUUAA